AGUCUGUGCCAGCUCAGCUUGAAUCGCGUAAUGCCAGCUAAGUAAUAUGUUAUGGGAAGGACGAAUAAUGUAAGAACACGUAUACAAACUUACGUGGUCUGACGAAAUUGACUUGGUGCCUCACACUGCUAUAAAUCAACAAACAGAACACGUUUCUCAAAGAUUGAUCCAUCCAAAAUAGAGAGAAAUAAGACCGAGAAACUCGAAUCGCCUGCGGCUCUCUUCUUCUCCAACCAGGAUCUAUUUUAUUGCGGCUGUAACCAUGACUACAUCAAGGCGUCUAUCAGAUAGGAAGGUGGAGAAGUUCGAUAAGAACAUAACAAGAAGAGGAUCUGUGCCUGAGACCACCGCCAAGAAGGGAAAGGACUACCCUGUUGGCCCUAUUCUUCUUGGGUUCUUCAUUUUCGUUGUUAUUGGAUCAUCUCUCUUUCAGAUAAUCAGGACAGCCACAACCGGAGGCAUGGCAUAAUUGCAACGCGGACCGUACUCUGAAGUGUUACUUAUCGUCUUCUACAUUUUUUUUUUCUUUUUUGGUUUAAUUUAAUUUGUUUUAGGAAGUUAAUAUACUUUUACGAGACCAGAGGGUUACACAUGUUAUGAAGAGCUUAAAUAUAUAUUAAUAAACAGACCCCAUUUGUUCGUCUA